AUGGCAUCCACCACCACAUCCCCAGUCUCCUUCAAACGCCUCCACCCCACCGUUGGUGCAGAGUGUCACGGAAUCGAUUUCUCCAAAACACUACCCGAGGAAGACAUCAAGACUAUUCGCGAUGGUAUGGCCAAAUAUGGUGUCCUUGUGUUCCGUGGAGCCCAACUCGAUGAUGCGCGCCAUGUAGCCUUCGCCCGGCAGAUGGGGGAGCUCGACUCGUCCACCGUUUUCGUUGCGCCCGGCAAGAAGUACCGUCUAGACCCUUUUGUUGAACUCACCGACGUAUCCAACAUCGAAGACGAUGGCUCCCUUCUCCAGAAAGACAGCUUGAAAUACCAACUCGGUCAGGGAAAUAACCUCUUCCACGUCGAUUGCUCCUACAACAAUCGCCGCGUGGGACUUUCCAUUCUUCGCGCCCACCAAUUGCCCCCCAAGGGGACGGGUGGCGGAACCGCAUUUGCCGAUACCAGAACUGCAUAUGAUGACUUGGACGCUGAGACAAAGGAGAAGAUAAAUGAUUAUGUCUUGUGGCACUCGAUCUGGCAUAGCCGUCGUCUUGCUGCGCCGGAUUGCGAGUUCUUGGAGUAUAUGCCCGCGGAGAAGAACUCGAUGGCUCGUCACAAGCUGGUUCAGCUGCACGAGCCCAGUGGAAGAAUGAACCUUUACAUUGCUGCUCAUGGACAUCACUUCGAUGGGUGGACGAAGGAAGAUAGUCAGCCUGUUAUCCAGGCUUUGCUUGAACACGCCACCCAGGAUAAGUAUACGUUCACAAUUGACUGGGAGAAUGAUGGCGAUAUUGUCAUUUGGGACAACACCUGCGUCAUGCACAAAGCGGCUGGAGGCUCAUUUGCGGGCAAGUAUGUUCGUGAUAUGAGGCGCGCAACCCUUCUCGACUCUUCAUCCACUGCCUGGGGACUGAAUCCUCAGAAGGAAGAGUCACAAGAAGAUCUUAUGUCAGACUUUGUUAAGGGAUAUAUUGCGUCGAAGAGAGGGGCUGCAAUGAAGGCGGCUGCUGCCGCUGCAGCUGCCGAGAAAGCAGUUCCCAGAGAAGAUGCAGCUAUCGCGGCUUAG